AUGAGAUUUGCUGUGGAGGAGAUCAACAGAAGUCCCGACCUCCUACCAAAUGUUACCCUGGGUUUCCAGGUCUAUGACUCCUGCGCGGGACUCCAGCAAGAGGUGGAUGGCACCCUAAUGCUCCUAACAGGUCAGAACGAAGGAGUCCCAAAUUUUGCUUGCAGAGAAAAGCCACCCAUAGUUGCUAUCAUUGGCCAUUCAAUAUCCACUUUUACCAUUCUCUUGGCGUAUAUGCUGGGACUCUACAAAUAUCCUCAGAUAAGUCAUUUCUCAACCAGCUCCUUCCUGAGUGAUAGGAAACAAUUUCCAUCGUUCUUUCGAACUGUUCCCAGUGAUGCCUUCCAGUCUAAGGGCCUGGCACAGUUGGUGUUGCACUUUGGAUGGACAUGGGUUGGGUUGGUGGCUGUGAGCGAAGACUACGGUCAACAGGGCAUUCAGGUCAUUAAGCAGGAGAUCCUCAGGGGUGGAGCUUGCGUUGCUUUUACAGAAUACAUAAUGACCAGCCUUCCAGAUAAAAAUGCCGUCCAUCUCACAAAAGUAAUCAGGCAAUCAACAGCCAAAGUUAUAGUUGUCUUCUCUACAGAUGCUGAGAUGAUACCUCUUCUGGAUGAGAUGAUGAUGCAAAAUGUGAAUGGAAAGAUAUUUGUGGCAAGUGAAGCCUGGUCUACCUCAAACAUCCUAUCGGUGGCCAAGUACUCCUCAAUUCUUUCUGGGUCCAUUGGGUUCUCCUUCCAUAGCUCAAUAAUCCCGAAUUUCAAAAGCUAUCUUAACAGUCUUAAACCGUUUAAUGUUCCAGGGAGGUCUUGGGCAAAAAUAUUUUGGGAAAAGGCUUUUGGAUGCAAAUUACUGGACGAGAAGAACUUCACAAGUUCAUGGGAUGAUUCCACAAUGUUGUGUACUGGAAACGAGGACCUGGGCAGGAUUUCCACUAGCUACAAUGACGUGUCCAGCUUGAGAGGUGCAUACAAUUUAUAUACCACAAUUUAUGUAAUUGCCACAUCCUUGCAUCAUUUGCAUUCUUGUCAAGAGAAAAGUGGACCGUUUCACAAUGGAAGCUGUGCAGAUCUCCAACACUUUAAACCAUGGCAGCUGACUCACUAUAUGCAAAGUGUGCGAUUCAGGCUGAACAACGGAGGGGAUUUCUUCUUUGAUGAUAAUGGCGACCCACCCGCCAUUUAUGAUAUUGUCAACUGGCAAGUGGGUGUUGAUGGAACGAUGAGUCACGUAAAGGUGGGGAGUUACGAUACCACCAAGACCGAAGGAAGAGCGUUUACCAUCGACCAAGGUGCUGUUCAAUGGGCAUUAGGAGACAAUCAGGUUCCGAUCUCCGUCUGCAGCCAGAGCUGCCCUCCUGGCUUUCGAAGGGUGGUAAGAAGAGGGGAGCCUGUCUGCUGCUUCCAGUGUGUCCAGUGUCCCCAAGGAGAGAUCUCUAAUCAGACAGACUCACUUGCCUGUCUUAAGUGUCCAUGGGACCAAUGGCCCAACCUACACAGAGACCAAUGUUUCCAAAAGUCCAUUGAGUUUCUGUCCCAUGAAGAAGCUUUGGGUGCAACCUUGACAGUGACCAGUGUCUUCUCCUCGACAGUCCCCAUCUACAUAUUUGGGCUUUUCCUCAAUCAUAAGAACACUCCAGUUGUGAAAGCAAAUAAUUAUUCUGUAAGUUGUCUUCUCCUGGUCUCCUUGUGCUUUUGUUUUCUUAGUUCGUUGACUUUCAUUGGUUAUCCCAUGCCUGAGAAAUGUCUUCUGCGUCAGGCAACAUUUGGGAUGGUUUUCGCGUUCUGUGUCUCCUGUAUCUUGGCCAAAACCAUCAUGGUGGUUUUCGCCUUCAUGGCUACAAAACCUGGUAGUAGCCUGAGAAAAUGGACACGACCUUUGGUUUCCUACAUGAUUAUCGCCUUGUCCUCUCUUUUACAAUUCAUUUUGUGUGCUUCUUGGGUAUUACUCGCCCCUCCUUUUCCAGAAAACAACAUCCAAACCCAACCUGGAAUCAUCAUUGUUGAGUGUAAUGAGAACUCACCUGUUGCCUUCUGGUGCAUGUUGGGAUAUCUUGGUCUUCUGGCCACUAUCAGUUUCAUUGUUGCCUUCUUGUCCAGAAAACUCCCCGACAGCUUCAAUGAGGCCAAGUUCAUAACGUUCAGCAUGUUGGCCUUCCUCAGUGUCUGGGUGUCCUACAUCCCAGCUUCUCUCAGUGCCAGAGGCAAGUACACGGUGGCCAUGGAGAUCUUCGCCAUCCAGGCCUCCAGCUGGGCCCUGCUCAUCUGUAUGUUUGUCCCUAAAUGUUUCAUCAUAUUGUUCCGACCCAAAAUGAACUCGAGGGAACAUCUCAUGGGUAAAUCUAAAAGAUAA